AUGGCUAUUAAACCAACGAAAAGUUUUCAGAACUGCCUAGAAGCUGAAGUGCCUGGCUAUAACGAUUGUCCCACAGUUUUGUUUUCCAUCGACCCUAACAGCGGCCCCAGAUCCAAAUCAAAACAAAGAACGAGAACGAAAAGAUGUGGUAGUGGCAGACUUGCCACAGAAGUAUUAGAUCUUUAUGGAAACACUAAGACAGCUACUACACCGCCGCCAGUGUUGAAGAAGCCAUCUGCAACUGCUACUCAACAAGAAUCUGCCUGUGAGGACGUGCCCGUGGAAGACCAAGGCGAUAGACAGCUCCAGACUAUACCAUAUAGUAAAGACGACUUAGCAGCUAAGAUCAACGAUCUCACUGGAUGUAGCUCGAAAUUGUCCUCGAAGGAGUUGGAAUUUUACAAGAAAAAAUUAGAUUCAAAUGUUGCCAAGAUUUUACAGAACGAUCACACCAAAACGGUGCUAUCGCAGAUUUUCAAUGAAAAAGACAAAAACGUGGCUGUGAAAACCAUCAAACAUUGGAUGGUUACCGACACGACAAUUUCCAAUUGGUGUCCCGCAUUCUUAAAACUUUUCGAAAAUGCGAUGCCAAACUAA